AAUUUAUCAGUCUUUCUGAAUAUUUAAGAAGAGGAAUUUAAAUCAAUCAGGUGUUCCAUAGGCAUGGUUUCCUGGAGUUUAAACCAAGAAUGGUCCCAGCUGGCAAGAUCCUUGCCCUAUUGCCUGACCUCAUACCAAAUUUAUAUACCUGUUUCCUGCUUUGUAGUGGCUACAUUUGAAUGCAAAGUGAACUAGAGACAAUUGGAGGGAGGAACUGCAGAAACCCAGUCGUAAAUCAGCUUAAACUGCUGUGGAACCCAGCCUUGAGAGAACACUUUGAUGUUGACACCUGUUUCUGCAAGGAGAACACUGAAAUUUUUUUAAUACAGUAAUUAAUUCCUCAUGUUGUCUUGUGAGAUCACAAUGCAGACAUCAGAGACUGGGGCGGAUACAGGUUCAACUGUGACUUUACAGACAUCUGUGGCUGGCCAGGCAGCAGUUCCCACACAGGUAGUACAGCAAGUACCAGUUCAGCAACAGGUACAGCAAGUACAGACUGUGCAACAGGUACAGCAUGUCUACCCAGCCCAGGUUCAGUAUGUGGAGGGAAGUGACACAGUCUACACUAAUGGAGCUAUCCGAUCAACAACUUAUCCUUACACAGAAACCCAGAUGUACAGUCAAAACACUGGGGGAAAUUAUUUUGAUACUCAAGGAAGUUCUGCACAGGUGACAACAGUGGUCUCGUCUCAUAGCAUGGUGGGCACUGGAGGGAUUCAGAUGGGCGUAACAGGAGGACAACUCAUUAGCAGCUCAGGAGGGACCUAUCUGAUUGGCAAUUCAAUGGAAAAUUCUGGUCAUACAGUGACUCACACAACGCGGGCCUCCCCAGCGACAAUUGAAAUGGCGAUUGAGACACUGCAAAAGUCUGAUGGUCUGUCCACUCACAGAAGCUCUCUUCUCAACAGCCAUCUUCAGUGGCUUUUAGACAACUAUGAAACUGCAGAAGGAGUGAGCCUUCCAAGAAGUACCCUUUACAACCAUUACUUAAGACACUGUCAGGAGCACAAGUUGGAUCCAGUCAAUGCUGCCUCCUUUGGAAAACUCAUACGGUCAAUCUUCAUGGGACUACGGACCAGAAGACUUGGAACUAGGGGGAACUCCAAAUAUCAUUACUAUGGGAUUCGGGUCAAGCCAGACUCUCCUCUUAAUCGACUACAAGAGGACAUGCAAUAUAUGGCCAUGAGGCAACAGCCCAUGCAGCAGAAACAGAGGUAUAAGCCUAUGCAGAAAGUGGAUGGAGUUGCAGAUGGCUUCACAGGAAGUGGUCAACAGACAGGCACAUCUGUUGAACAAACUGUAAUUGCCCAAAGUCAACAUCAUCAACAGUUUCUAGAUGCAUCUCGAGUACUGCCAGAGUUUGGAGAAGUUGAAAUAUCUUCUCUGCCAGAUGGUACUACCUUUGAGGACAUCAAAUCACUACAGAGUCUUUAUCGAGAGCACUGUGAGGCAAUACUGGAUGUGGUUGUUAAUCUUCAAUUCAGCCUGAUAGAAAAAUUGUGGCAAACUUUCUGGCGCUAUUCUCCUUCUGCUCCACCUGAUGGCACUCCUGUUAAUGAACCAAGCAAUCUGAGCGAAAUAGAAAGUCGACUUCCUAAAGCAAAGCUGAUUACUCUGUGCAAGAAUGAGUCUAUUCUGAAAUGGAUGUGUAACUGUGACCACGUGAUGUACCAGGCUUUGGUGGAGAUUCUCAUUCCUGACGUCCUUAGACCUAUUCCUAGUGCCUUGACCCAAGCCAUUCGCAAUUUUGCAAAAAGCCUUGAAGGUUGGCUUUCAAAUGCCAUGAACAAUAUUCCACAGAGGAUGAUACAAACCAAGGUUGCCGCUGUAAGUGCCUUUGCCCAGACUCUGCGAAGAUACACAUCUCUUAAUCACCUGGCUCAAGCAGCUCGUGCUGUGCUUCAGAAUACUUCUCAAAUCAACCAGAUGCUCAAUGAUCUCAACCGUGUUGAUUUUGCCAAUGUUCAGGAGCAGGCUUCCUGGGUAUGCCAGUGUGAUGACAACAUGGUUCAGAGACUCGAAACAGAUUUCAAGAUGACUCUUCAACAGCAGAGCACUCUGGAGCAGUGGGCUGCCUGGCUUGAUAAUGUAAUGAUGCAAGCAUUGAAACCGUAUGAAGGAAGACCCAGCUUUCCUAAAGCAGCACGGCAAUUUCUGUUAAAAUGGUCUUUCUACAGCUCAAUGGUGAUUCGGGAUUUAACCUUGCGCAGUGCUGCUAGCUUUGGCUCUUUUCAUCUGAUCCGCUUGCUUUACGAUGAAUACAUGUUUUACUUAGUAGAACAUCGUGUUGCUCAGGCAACAGGAGAGACACCUAUUGCAGUUAUGGGAGAGUUUGGUGAUUUAAAUGCUGUGUCCCCUGGAAAUAUGGAUAAAGAUGAGGGCAGCGAAGUUGAAAGUGAAAUAGAUGAAGAGCUGGAUGAAAGUGGAGAGCCACAAGCUAAGAGGGAGAAAACUGAGCUAAACCAGGCAUUCCAGGUGGGCUGCAUGCAGCCAGUGCUUGAGAGUGGAGUACAGCAGAACCUCCUGAACCCAAUUCAUAAUGAGCACAUUGUUGCAACUACUCAGACUAUCAGACAAUGCAGUGCUACUGGAAAUACAUAUACUGCAGUCUAAUGUGAAAUUUCCCCUGGCCUCCGACACACGCCCCAUUGCAUUAGCUGUUUAGGUUUAAAUAUGAAAAAGAAAAAAAAAAGAGAAUAAGUCCGAAGGUUGACUGUUGUCAAAUGUAACUGUUCCGAUCAUUAUUUUGUUGGAGUUGUUAAAUGGAAUGGGUGUACGUAUUUUGCCAGGUCUGUUUAGAAACAAAUUUUUGUAAACGAAAUCAUUUUACUUUGGCCACUCAAUAUGAAGAGGUUCCUUUGUAUCAAAUGCAAGGAAGAUUUUUGCAAAGUUUAAUGUUAAUGUUUUGUCCUCUUAUAAUAAUUUAAUUUUUUUUCAUAGAUUUAAAAAUAUUUUAAUGUUAAUUAUUAGUUAUUAUGCUGAUUUCAUAUAGAUAGGUUUUUAAUUAGAUGCACUUCUGUGAAAUAUCAAAAGAACUGUUUUCUUUGAUUUACACUGGAGGCAUACUUAUUUGACAGCAGAUGUAUCAAAUUUGUUAUAAAAGGUGCUUUUCAUCGUACUACGAGAAGACACUAUUUUGAUAAAAUUGUGAGUAUUCAGGGGGAUUUUUUGUAAUAAUGCUGGAGGGUUGAGAAGAUCUCCUCAUUUCUUCCUCUGAGGAAGAAGCUGUUUAAAGACAGAAUUGUAUCAGAAUGUGGUAAUCUGUAUGGCAUAAAUAUACCUAAUUAUCUGAACAUGAUGUAAACAAUGCAAGCUUCAUUUAAAAUCAACAGUUUCAGAUAUUAUUUGCAUACCAGUUCCUCUGUUUUGAAGACUACUGAUUCUAUAUGUGAGGCCACUGAACUGAUGCUUUUGAUUGUUCAGUGGCACUGUAGUUGUUAGAAACUGAAGCUAAAAAAGAAGUGACUUGAUUAUUGUUAAUUUUAAGUGUAUGUGCUACUUAUGCUGAACUGGACAUACAGGAAAACAUUCCAUUUGGAUGACUUUCUUCUAUUCCAGGUCUUUUCCUACUAGUGGUUCAAUCUGCUGCUCUUAGAAAAGAUGAUUUAUAGAAUGCAAGGAAUGUAGCAACCUGCAUCAUUUUCCUUUCAAAAACAUUUCCUUGUUGUUAAAGUGGAUUUAAAUUUUUACAAAAAUUAGACAAGGCAGUGUAACUGGCACACCUCACUUGUACCUAUUCCCAAUUGUGUAGAAUUUGAAUAGGUGGCUAGAUGGACCAUUGCCAUUUAAGAAUGUACAUCAGGGAUCAUUGUACCUCGGCUAUUACAUGGUGCCUUAAACAGAACUGAAGCUAAGACUUAGUACUUUUUGUUAUUCUUAACUCAUAAAUUAAUUCAACAAGGUGUGCCUGUCAUUUUCAAAUUCCCUAAGAAGUAAGGACAGGUUACACAGCCUUCAAAAGAAUAAAAGGAUUUUUUUAUUAUUAAAUAAUUUUAAUAUCCCUCUUAGAAUGACAAUAGACCUAUUUUUUCUCGUUUCUAGCUGGAUUUCACUUUAAUAGAAAUAAAAUUUGCUUGGGAAUUUGGAAAGCAAAACUAGCUUUAAUACCAACUUCAAAUGUCAAAAUAGAUUGACCAUAGUCCCAAGCAUGAUUAUAUAUUUUCUAAACCCUUGCCUACUUUUAAUUUUAAAAACUAAAAAGAAAUAAAUGAGCAGGUACAUAAUGCAGUGCAUGUUUUCAAUUUCUAUAUUUUGUGGUGUAUCAGCCAGAUAUUACAUUUUAAUGGUUAAAUAAUAUCAGUUUAUAGAGACCAUAUUAAUUGACAUUAAAGAACUCAAGUUUUUCUUCAAAAACAUUUCAUUAUGCAGACACAUGAAUUUACUACACUAAAGUAAUAGAAUUAAAUAAGGAAAAAAAUCCAAAAAGUGAAUGAGAACACAAAAAGAUCAACUUUAUAGGAAAGACUGUGUAAAAAAAAAUAGGAUUCUUUUAUUCUGGUUUAUCUAGUGUGUCUGGAAAUGACUUUAAAGUCAUAUAUACCAAAUGGGAGAAGAGCAUGUAAAAUGGAAGUGUAUUUAUAGCAAACAAGUUUGUUGCUAGAGUUUACAUAUGCUCCAAAUACAGCUGCACAUAAACUAAAAUGUCCUAACAUUACUGGUGCACAAAGAAAAAUUUUAAUUCCUUUGCAGAAUUGUGAACCCAUCCAGCUCAUUCUGUGUAGGCAUAAUUCCUACUAAUGUCAGUAGAUGGCUUUUGCCUCAGCAAAAAGUAAAAGUGACAUUUAUAUUCAUUAUUUCUAAACUCAUAAAUGCACUGAAUCUCAUUAUAGAUUUUGUUGUCACAUAUAUCGCUCAGUGUGUCCUGAUUUUUCCUUAGAAAUCAGCACAUAUGUACCCUUCACCAAAAAUGCUAAAACUAAGCUGUGAUAAAUAUUUACUCCCCUUCAUUGUGCAUUAUAAGAUGUUUACAAGUAAAAUAAAGUGAAAUAAUUCAACUUUUUUUUCAUUUUCAGCUUUUUUUUAAUACUGUAGUAGUUGUUUUAAUUUUUGUGUUUGUUUGUGUUUUCUUAUUCUUUCUUGGUUUAAUGUUGAAUUUGUUGUUGCUGAGAAAAGAGUACAAUUGUAAAAGAUAAAUCUAGAUUGCUAAAUAUAGUGGGACUUGAGUAUCUUUCAUUGUUAUCUUUCCACUCCACUCAGUUGUUAAAUGUCAUCAAGUGAAAAACAAAACUGAACAAAUAUCUGAAUACAAAAAAUGGAAUGUAUUUCAUAGGUUCUAAAAACAAUGAAUUUUCAAAACAAAUUGGAACUUUCACAGGUUCAGAAAACUGACUGGAGUCUGUAUUCUUGCUCUUAAAUUCUAAAGAUUUUACCAAGUUUUUUUAGAGCAACUAUCUUACUAUGUUGUAAACUUACAUAUUUGGGGGUCUUUUGUUUUGUUCUUACUGAAAUUUCAAUCAAAUGCUUAGAUAAAACAUUUUGCACACCCUUGCUGUUUAAUAGCUGGGUUUUAGUCCUUGUUGAAGUAGAGAGAUGCGAAUACCUCAGUGUGUAUUCUGUAAUGUGUAGCGUGCGGCUGCAUUGCCACACCAGCUCUGACGUCACUGGUCAGUGCUAUGGAGAGGUGUAGCGUGUGUCCACAGGGUAGACAUUAUGAGAGUUGACAUGAUUUAUGUGUUUUAUCUAAUCUUGAAAUGGAAUCCAGAAUAAUUAUUUUAGAGGCAUUUCCCCCAUUAGCACAAAAUAGCACAGUGAACACUGUGGGGGAAGAGGUCUUGUUGAACUACUUUUUCAAAGCACAGGGCCCAAUUUUCAAAAGUUUUAUAUACGUUAAAGUGUUUUGUUACAUUUUCAUCUUUCUUGUGCUAAAUCAGUUUUAAAGCAUAUUUUUUAUUUUUUUCAGGUUUUUGUUUUUUUGGUUUUUUUUUGCUUGUACUGUAGUAUGCUCAAAGCACCUUCAUUUUUUAAAAGUUCCAUAAAAAUUUGGAAAAUAGAUGUUAAAUUGUUUGCCUAUAAAAUGAUGAUUUUAAAGGCAUUACUGCCUUUAGUUCAAAAAAAUAGGAAAAUUAAGUUCUGUCAUUCAGGAAUGCAUAGGUCUAUAUAUAAAUUUAAUUUAAAGCAAGGUAUUUUUAAAUAUCUGAAACACUUUUUGUUUUAUCUUGAUUUCCUUAGGAGAAAUGAUCUGAUAUCUUUAUCAUUCUCACCAACGGACAUCUGCACUGUUUAGAAAAAAUCCAUGUUAGAGAUGCACUGCAAUCCAAUUUAAUUCAGAAUGCUUUUAUAAAACAAAAGCAACCACUGAGAGCCAUAAAUGUGCUGACAAAAACCCCAGAUUUAUUAGUAAUAUAAGUAUACAACAAUAAUUUCAGAGUUCAAAGUACAAAUCUGAGAGAGCAAGAUGAAUUUCUGAAAAUUGGGCCCUUGUCACACUAACAGGACAUGCUCUUUGUAUACGGUUUAAAGCAAAUUGAUACAUGGAAUUCUAGUAUCUCUGCUAAUUUGUUUGGUGAUAUAACACUGACAAUAAAAACUGGAAUAGAAGCAUAAACACACAGUGCUUAGUUCUAGUACUAGGAAAUUAAUUUGAUAUGAUGCCUUGCAUUAACCCUUUGAGCAUUGUAAGUAACAUGGUGGGAACAAAGAUUUUUAGAUAAUUUAACUAGUUCACUGAGCAUAUACUUUGAAAUAGCUUAUAGUGUUGUAAAUCUUUUUUUACUUAUGUCUAAAGUAAAUACUUGCAUACAAUAUGGGGAUGUUUUUUUAUUAAUAGGGGCCUCAGUAGAUGUAGGCAAAAUAUUCAUUGCCAUUUAUAUGUACUGUGUAAUAUAGAACAGUACUUCAGCUCCCUGGUUUUCAUAACUGCAUAUAUAUAUAUAUACAAAGAAAAUCAAACAUGAUUCUACAGAUAGGAAGUUGUCUACUUUAAGAUUCCUUUAGAAGAUAAAGGUUUAGAAAAUAUAUUCAGCUAUUUUGAAAAUUUCCUCAGAUAGAUUAGUAUUGGAUUACUCUGGUACUGUAAAAGAGAAAUCUUUAGGAUUAAAAGAAGGUUUAGUAAUAAUAAAUUUUGCAGAAUAUUUGAGGUGUUUGCAUUGAAAUUUUUGGCAGUGUUUGUGAGAAACAGGAACAAAAAGUGCACAAUUACGUUAAUAUUCCUUUUAAAACUCAGUCACUGCAAUAAUGACUAGCUAGAAGAUGAAGGUAUUUUAUUAAAUUUCACAUACAAGGGUACAGUUUGGAUGGCCCUUCUUGAAUGUCAGAAUUUUAACAGCAACCUAGAAAUUGCACGAGCAAAUAAUUUUAAAAGCCCCUUUGUUCUUCAAUUUACUGCUUACAGGAACAAGGGAACAAGUGUAGCAGCAAGUAAAGAUUCUUUUAACUUAGAGAUACUGAUGCCACCUUACUAAGUGAGAAGACAGUACACUUUCUGCUGGUUCCUUGCAAUAUCAGUCAGCAAACACUAAAGCAGCUGUACUUAUUUAAGUCUAGCUGAGGGCAAAGAAAAAGGGUAUCAUUUAAAGUUAUUUAAGGGAAUUACGUCAGUAGUAUAGUGCAAGUAAGUUGUAAACAUUUUUAGUCAGUUAAUGCAAAUUAAUGCAUAAUUAAUUAACAUAAAUGCAAUACUCAAAGGGUUUUAAUUUAACAACUUUUUUUAUUCAUAAUUUACUGUAAAUGCUUCUGAGUUUGCAUGCCUUGAUCAUUGCUGCUAGUGAUUUUAUGUGCCAGUAGACCUGAGUUUAAUUUACCAGUUUAACUAAGAAAUAGUAAAAGCCACUUACAAAGUGACUGCCUAGUGUUUGUUUGAAGUAAAAUAUGCCUUAGUUUGAAAACUAUCAUUUUAACUCUUGUUUUAUUCUGAUUUUCUUCUCCUUUUCCUGUUGAAAAAAAUAAAUUGGCAUUUUGGGAUUGGAAGCCCUGAGUAGUUAAAUAUUUGGUAAGAAUUGUUCUUGGAGAUUGCUCAUUAAGGCUGAAAUUCACUGUAGAAAACAAGGCCCAGAAAAAGCCUAUGGGCAUCAAAUGAGCCUCACUUAACACUAAUUGAGGAAGAUGUUCUUUGUAUGUUCUUAAGCACUUUCUUGGUUAUGGUGCAAACAUCUUACAGGAAUUUUCAGUUCUAGAUUAAUUUUACUCUGAAAUAAUAAAUGUUUUUUAGGAGGAAUUUAGACUUCAGAGGAGCAACCUUGAAUGGAUUGGGUUUUAACAGGAACUCAGUUCAAUUCUUUUUGACUCACUGAUGCCAGCAAAAGCUUUUUACACAAAGACUAUUUAAUGGAUUCCCCAAGUAAAGUUUCCUUCCAUACAACAUUAAAGUGACUGCCUUGUAUUUAAACAUUAAAUACCCAUUUUAAAGUAACCUAGUUAAGCAACUUAAAAUAUGUUGGGAAAAUAUCACUUUUGUACCAAAGCAAGUUGCCCAUUUCCACUCAUACCCACUGAAAAUUUGGAUUUACAGUUAAUAACCAAUGAGGCUGUUAAAGAAACUUUGAGUGCCUUUCAAAAACUUGGAAAAUUGUGCCUGAGGUGGUAAACUUUAAUUAGGUUAAUUCUAGAGCUACCAAUCAGUAAUUUUAUCAUCACUCAGGGCUUUCUUACCUUCUAGGAAACUUCCCUUGUUGCAUUUAUUUUAUACUGUAUUUUUUUUUAAGUGCCAUCAUUUAAAUUUCACUUAGUAAGUGGCAGAUUACAUUAUCCAGUCCCACACCACAGAAACAUCAUAACACUAGGACAUAUUCAAAUUCUUAUUUUCCAGUUGACUGAAUAUAUUAUGUAAAUGAGGUAAGCAACUUUUUGUAGAUUGUAUGUGUGAGAUAAUGUAAUGUUCUUUUCCAGUUUUUGGGCUACAGUUGAAUAUACUUUUUAAUUAUUUAAAGAAGACAUCUUUACAGAAUAACGUGAUGGUUUUUUUUGUAUAAUGUAUUUGAUUUUGUAAAUACGUAUUUCCUGAUGUGAUUUUGUGACAAAUGCUAAAUCUUUUAGUAUAUAAUGUCCUCUCAAAACUGGCAGGAGCUAAAUAAUAGUUUGUUGGCAAUUUGUAUUGUGUACUGUACAAUAACUGGGGACCUUUUAUAAUUAUAAAAAUAUAUAUUAACUUUUAGUGUGUUGUAUAAAAAAAUGACUGGAACAUACUAAAGACAGUAGGAUUUUUCUGAAUAUUUCAGACUUGAACUCAGGCUAGCUUUCUUGUGUUUUUCAAAACAAAAUUGUGUCUUGUCUUUUAAAAUCAAUAAAUUUGUUUUCUUGUUACAAA